AUGAGGUUUGUAUGUGUGGUACAACAAUGUAGUAGACAUGAUGGUGGGGACAUGAACCGGAACAAAUCAGCUAUCAUGGAAAAUAGCCCGUCCGGGAUGGCGAAAUUUGAACCAGCGUUUGUGAAUUAUCUCCAAGACCCCGAAAAGUUAACUCCCACCUACAUCUUCAUAAACCCUAUGCAACUGUUGGAUCUAGUGAGAAAUACCGAUGUCCAUUAUGGUGAGGCUCAUGGGGAUGUUAAGAGCCUGCUGGAUACUAAUCCUCUAGGAGUUCAGAGAUAUUUCUAUGAAAGGUUUCCCAAUCCUUUGAUUGAAGUCUAUGAGCACGUUUUCCAACAUCACCAGGCCAAACCAGAAUUUAGAGAAAUUUUGUUUCUAGGAGCUGCCAGAAUUCACAUCAGGAUAACGGAAGGGAUAAAUCAGAUAAUCAAGACAAGAGAAUGUCACUAA